UUUGUUGAGCCACAUAUUAAAAACAACAAAAGCGUAAUAUGUAGUGAUUACCCGUUCAUACGGGACAGCCAAAGAAAUUCCUUCUGUUACACAUAGGAAGUAACUUAAUAAAUAAAAAUAAAAACACACACUUAUUUCAAUUGAAUUAAAACAAUAAAAACAACGGUUUUUGGCACUCGGUUGCCUUGCCAAAUGUUUCACCUAAUUCUGUUUUAGCGCGGAUGCGGGUGCACAUAAGUGAAAUUUCGUAGCGCUAAGUGAAAGAGAAAACGGAGAAAGGUAGUGUCAGAGACAACUGUAAAUUUAAAUGUAAAUCCUAGCCAUGUCGUCGACGGACUUCGGGACUAACAGCUGUUGCAACAACAACAACAACAACGCGUACGGAUAUGCGAGCAACAACAGCAAUAUGCAGAAGUCAGUUCCCGCCCCCUCAGCGCUUGCCGCCGCACAGCUGAUCAAGGUCAGCUGUUCCAGCGGACUGGAGGUUGACCCACUGCCCAGCUGUCCGACCAGCCAGUCCGAUGCCUCCUCCGCCGCCUUGCUAGCACUGGACUCCUCGGAGAGCAGUGAGUGCGAGCCCUUCCUCGCCAGCAACAACACCAGUCGUAGGGCCACCCGCUCCAAUUCCCUGCUCCGCUGUCGGAUGCGCUACUCAUGGUGGGGGCGCGCCCACGGCUUCCUCACCCGAAACUGGUACCUGGGCUGCCUGGUGCCCGCCUGCAUCCUGGCCGCCCUUAUCUUCGUCGGCUGGGCGACACGGGACUACGCCCGCCAGCUCCUCUUCUGGAUCGAGAUGCAGAACCCCUGGCUAACCUUCGCCGUGUACAUGGCGCUUUUCGCCCUCGUCAGCUUCCCCGUGGUGGUGGGCUACUUCGUCCUGCUCGUCACCGCCGGUUACCUGUUCGGUUGCCUGCGUGGCUGGUUCACCGUGAUUCUAGGCGCCAACCUCGGCAUUGCCGUAGCCCAUGCCACGAUUCGCAGCUGCCGGCACCGCAUUCCCGUGCAAAGGCUAAUCAAAAAUGACACGGGUCGAGCCAUUCUCCGCGUGAUCUCUGGACCAAAGGCAUUUAGGGUCGUGCUCUUUACACGACUUACACCCAUUCCCUUCGGAGUGCAAAAUGUGAUAUUCGGAAUCAGUUCCAUCAAUACGAAAGACUACCAUGUGGCCACAAUGAUUGGGCUGCUGCCAGCCCAAAUUAUCAAUGUUUACUUGGGCUCCACGCUAAGGUCCAUGCACGAAGUGCUCAAUGACAAUAAUACCAAGCUGACCGGAUACAUUAGCUUUAUCUUUGAGGUCAUUUGUGGCGUGGUUCUGAUGUUUUGGGUUGUUCAAAAGGCGAGGAAGGAACUGUCAGAAACGUUGCUAGUCGCUGACAACGAAGAAAAGCACCAUGACAUACAAGUUUAGCAGGAGCCACGUUGACAGGAGUUCCCCUAUAAGAAACACGAGAGCUUCCCCAUCACAAGUGAAUCUCCUGGACUGACUGCAUUUUUGCAUUAGCUUUUUUAAGCAAAGGCGAUUUUCGUGUUUUUUGUUUUUUAUAUUAUGCUCAAACCAAACAUUACGCUAUUUUAAGCAGUUUUUAUGUUAAAGGAUUUCAUUCACACGUUCGGUUCCCUCAAAAACCACGACCAUGAUCCACAUCACAAUUUAAUUUUUACAACUAAGGAUAAAUACAACUAAGUCAAAGCCUCGCUCAAAAAUCGCUCACUUUUGGAAUCGAUUUUCGGUCAUAAUGCUGCUCUAUAUCGUUGUUUAAUUACUAGCUUGUAAGCAAAGUGAAUAAAUGAGCUCUGAAGUACAA